UGACAGAUUCACACACUUAAGAACUCUGUUACUAGCUGCAGUCACUUAACAAAUGUGGCAAGUUGUAAAACGGGGCCAAAUUCGAGCCCUAGCAACACAAAUUUUGGGCUUAGCUGUAAUUUUAAGUCAAGGACUACCUGUAACGUCCUCAACCCAAUUGGGGCUGUGUUCGCCGAGCCAGGAUUACAAUGCCCAUCAGCCCCAACUAGGUGGCCACAAUAUAAUGCAAUACAGUGGUAUUGUGUGUGUGUGUGUGUGUACAACCCAAAUUGCAGGAACCCAUGCAACCUCUUUGAUGUAAAUUGGAGGGCACCCAGUUGAAGAACCUCAUUUUAGAUUAUCUUAUUAGUAACCCAAGGCGGCCAUCAUGUCUAAUGCCCCCUUGCUCAUUUUCCCCACAACAACCCUUCAAAGUGGGCUGGUUUUCCUGCCUCAAGCAGAACUGGCAGCCUCCUGCUUCCUAAGCCAGCACCUAAAAUGAUCCAUCCCCGACCACCCGGGGAAAGAGAGAACCCGCGUUGGGGGUAUCCAAGCGCCCAGGCCGGGGAACAAAUCUUCUUCCACGCCCCGGGUUGAGUCGAUGCAAGAGGGGCCAAGGCGGCUUCGACCCUCCCUCGCCGCUUUAUAGGGGAACUGGCGGCGGAGACUCGCCGCCUUGCGAAGCCGCAGCGGAGAGGAAGGAGGCGAGGCCUCGCCCGCCGCCGCCUUUCUUCCACUCUCGCCCGAGGAGCAGCUCUUUUCGAGGAGGCGGCGGCAGCGACGGUGGUCCAUGGCCGAGAGGAACAGCUCGGGACCCGGCAGCCGGGAAGCCAGCGACCCGAGGAAGGGCUCGAAGACGGAGCUGAAAGCGGUGGUGGUGGGCGACGGCGGCUGCGGGAAGACUUCGCUCCUUUUGGUGCACGCCAAAGGCGCUUUCCCCGAGCAAUAUGCCCCUUCGGUCUUUGAAAAAUACACAACCAAUGUCAUUGUGGGGAAAAAAGAAGUCGUCUUACAUUUGUAUGAUACUGCAGGACAAGAAGAUUACGAUCGCUUAAGGCCACUCUCGUACCAAAGCACUCAUGUGGUUUUGAUCUGCUACGACGUCAUGAGUCCUUCUAGCUUUGAUAAUGUAUUAAUCAAG